CGUGAGUCUCAGUGAACUCAGGGAGUUGGUGAUGGACAGGGAGGCCUGGCGUGCUGCGAUUCAUGGGGUCGCAAAGAGUCGGACACGACGAGCGAGUGAACUGACCUGAAACUUUCUGUGAAUUUCCUAGACUGCUCUAUAGAAAUCAGAGUACAUCCCUUGUAAAAGCAAGCGAAACCCCGCCCCAUCGUUGGAGCCUGAGAGCUUGGUUUCCCUCAGCUUGUGGAAAAAAAGGGAAGUGAGUUCUGCUCUGACCAGAGGCAAGUGUGGGGGCAGCAGAAACUACAUCACCCAGAAGUCUGUGCGGUGCGAGGCGGCUGUGACUGAGCCAGUGAAAGCUUAGGAGAGGCGGGCGUAUGUGCGUGCGCACUGCGUUAGGGCGGGACUUCCGGCGUUUUCUCUCGUAGUCUUUUGGAGGCUCUUCGGCUGUUCACCAGCUACGGGCCUUACCUUAGCCUGCUGAGGGGUGAGGUUACCUAACGGAAAAGCGGGAGGAGACAAGUUGUCCCCGCUAUUCAGAAUCGGCCCUUUGAGCCCGUAGUUGUCGGCGGUGUCCUCCUACCUGCCCCACUCGCCGCAUCUCCUGGCCCAGCUCUUCCCUCCGGCCAGUGACCGAGGUCGGCGCAGGGCCCCAUGGCAGUGGUAGAGAUGCUCAUGAGUCCUGUACAGGACUGUGUGGUCUUCGAGGACGUGGCUGUAUAUUUCUCCCAGGAGGAGUGGGGCCUCCUUGAUGAAACUCAGAAACACUUGUACCAUGCUGUGAUGACAGAGAACUUGGCACUCGUGACCUCCCUGGGUUGUUGUCAUGGAGCCCAAGGUGAGGAGGCCUCUUCUGAGCAAGGUGUUUCUGUAGAGAUGUCAGAGGUCAGGACUGCAAAGCCAGAUCCAUCCUCCAGGAAGGCCCAGUCCAGUGACAUGUGUGGCCCACUCUCCAGAGACCUUUUACCCCUGCCUGAGCAUGACAGAAUGUACCCUGAUGAAGGACUGUACAUUUGUGGAGCAGACCUUUUCCAGCACCAGAAGGAGAGUAGAGACAAACUUUGCAGAAGGGCUGAGGGGCAGCCUUCAUUUGUGACCAACAGCAGUGUUCACACAGGAGAGAGGACCUUGACCUGCAGCAGAGAUGGGAAGCCCUUCCCAGGCAGCACAGGCCUUCUGCAGCAGCUGGCCCCUCGUGGUGUGGGGCAGCCACAUGGGGACACUGAGUGCCAGGAGGCCUUUGGUCAUGAACAAAGUGGUUACAGGUGCACUCAGUGUGGGAAAGCCUUCAGCCGAAAACAGAUACUUGUUGAGCACCAAAAAAUCCACACUGGAGUAAGGCCUCAUGAGUGCAGCAUAUGCGGGAUGGCCUUCAUUAGAAAAUUUCACCUUGUUCAGCACCAGAGAAUCCACACUGGAGAAAGACCUUUUCGGUGUGGUGAAUGUGGGAAAUGUUUUAGGUACAACUCCACGCUCAUGAGUCAUCAGCGAGUUCACACUGGAUUAAGGCCUUAUGAGUGCAGCAAAUGUGGGGAAUUCUUCAAGUACAAUGCCAACUUCAUGAAACAUCAGAGAAAGCACAAUGGAGAAAGGCCUUUUGAGUGCAGAGAAUGUGGAAAAUUCUUUAGGUAUAACUAUAGACUGAUAAGACAUGGGAGAGUUCACACUGGAGAAACUCCUUAUAAGUGCAUUGAAUGUGGGAAGUUUUUCAGGUACAGCUCCACAUUCAUUAGACAUCAGAGAGUUCAUACUGCAGAAAAGCCUUAUAAGUGUAAUGAAUGUGGGAAAUUCUUUAGGUACAAUUCCACACUCAUUAAACACCAGAGAGUUCAUACCGGAGAAAGGCCUUACGAGUGCAGUGAAUGUGGAAAAUUUUUUAGGUACACGUCCACCCUCAUUAGACAUCAGAGAGUUCAUACUGUAGAAAGGCCUUAUGAGUGCAGCUUGUGUGGGGAAUACUUUAAGUACAAAGCCAAACUUAUUAAACAUUGGCAAAAUCACACCGGAGAAAGGCCUUAUGAGUGCAGUGAAUGUGGGAAGGCCUUUAGGUACCACUGCAGACUCAUUAGACAUAAGAGAGUUCACAGUGGAGAGCGGCCUUAUGAGUGCAGUGAAUGUGGGAAACUCUUUCGGUACAACUCCAACCUCAUUAAACAUUGGAGAAAUCACACUGGAGAGAGGCCUUACGAGUGCAGAGAAUGUGGGAAAGCCUUUAGCCACAAGCACAUACUUGUUGAGCACCAGAAGAUCCACACUGGAGAAAGAGCUUACGAGUGCAGCACAUGUCACAAAGCCUUCAUUCGGAAGUCCCACCUUGCUCAUCACCAGAAGAUUCACACCGAAGACACUACGAGCGCUGUGAAUGUGGGCAGCUCUUUAGAUACAACUCCAACCUCAUGAAGCGGAGAGUUCAGUGGUAGAGACCUUAUGAAGGGGCCUGCUGUAUAGCACAGGAAACUAUAUUCAAUACCGUGUAAUAAGUUAUAAUGGAAAAGAAUCUGGGAAAGAAUUUUAUAUAUAAACUGAAUCACUUUUA